GGAGUGUGGAGGCAUCAGGUAUAAGAGCGGCGGUGAUGAGGGCUCGUCAGCAGACUCAGACCCAAGAUGGGUGUUCGAGGCUUGGUCACUUUCAUAGAGAGCCACCCGCAGAUCUACCGGGACGUCCGGUUCAUGAAGAGCCGGCUGGUGAUCGACGGCUCCAACCUGGUCCACUUCUUGUACUUCGACUCAGGUCUGGACCAGAAUCAUGGCGGGGAGUAUGCUGGCUUUGAAGAGCUGAUUGAGAAGUUCAUCGCAGCCCUCAGAGCCUGUGAGGUGGCACCAUAUGUGGUGAUGGACGGAGGCUCAGACCAAACCGACAAAAAGCUUGAAACUGUGACGAAAAGAGCUGAAGAUCGAAUCCAGAAAGCCCAUCGAGCAGCGGUGGACGGUGGGAAGGAGGGCAUCUUGCCACAGCUGGCCAAGCUGGUGUUCAUACAGACGCUGGCCCGGCUAGAAGUCCCAGUGGCCCGGUGCUUUGCAGAGGCUGACCAGGAGAUAGCCUCACUGGCCAGAGAGUGGCGGUGCCCGGUGCUUUCCAGAGACAGCGACUUCUACAUCUUUGACCUCCCGGCGGGGCUGCUGCCCAUCUCUCAUUUCCAGUGGGAAGGGGUGAAGCAGAGAGGCUUGCAGAGCUACAUCCCCUGUAAGGGCUACAACAUCUCCAGCUUCUGCACCUUGUUCAACAUCCAGCGCCAGCUCCUGCCCACUUUUGCCGCCCUGGCCGGGAAUGACUACGUGAAGCUGGAGAGGAUGGAUUCAUCCAUCUCCUGGGCUCAAUAUGCCCCGGCAGGCAGCGCGACGGCAAGCCGCCUGGAGGGAUUGCUUCACUGGCUGAAGAUCUUCCAGCAGCCUCAGGAGGCCUUGGAGGCAGCACUGCAGCUGAUGGAAGGGUUGACCACGAAGAAAAAACUGAAGGUGCAGCAGGGCUUGGCUCUGGGGAUGGAAGAGUACAUGCUGCCUCCCAGCACCCUGAUGAGGUUCUUCAUGGAUGGGGUGGCACCUCCAUUCCCAGAAGAGGAAGAGGUGGCUGGUCUUGUCCCAGAUUGGACCUGGCUGCCUCUCACACAGUCCCGACUAACAACGGACAUCCUGGACGUGCUGCUGUUGAAGAGGAUGAGCCUCAGCUUUCCUGUGGACCAUGGCAACAUGCCCAGUGCUUGCCUGACCUCCAGGCCAAUCCGCCAGGUGAUGUACGGGCUGCUGCUGGGCAGAGGUACACAGCUUCAUGUGGAGGAGCGAGACAGGGACGGCUUGCAGCUGAAAUUCAACCCGGUCCAUCCAACCUUCAAAGGGGUCGCUAAGCAGUUGAAACUCGACUCACUGGAUAAGGCGGAGCCCUCUCAGCGUCUGCAGGUGUUACUGGGGGCUUUGGGGGUGUCUCAGGCCUCUCUGAGCUGCCUGCCGGCUCACCUGCACCUCCCAGUGGCCGUCACCUGCUACUGGUUUCAGAGAGCUCAACCCACUCCAGACCUGGGACUGCUGAAGGCGCUGGUGCUGAGCAUCGGAGAUGCACUGAAAAAAAGGACAGCUGUGCAGAAUUAUCACUCUAACCUCAAGCCGCAUGUCAAUGUGGCUCAUGCCUUCAACCAAUGGCAGUCCUGCCUGAAAGACAGCAUCCACCUGAACCAGCUGCUGGGCUGGCCGUUACCUGAACCAUGCAUGGCACGGUUGUAUGAGGGGACGCUGGUCCACCAGCUGGUCCACACCAUGAGGUCAGGAAGAAAACUGAGGAACUUUCUGAAGAAUGAUCGCUCCAGUGCAAAGCUGUACCAAACCAUGCUGUCCGUCAUCCACCAGUUUAAGGCUCAGGUAGCGGUGCCAGUAACCUCACAGACCCAGAAGAAACCAACGUCUCCACGGCAGCGGCUGCCUCUGGACGACCUGACCACCAACCUGCAGCAGCUGUUCAUCAUGUACGACGACGAGGAAACUGAGAAUGAAGUAAUCAGCGCGGUCAGAGCAGCGCAGGAUCUACAGUUCGUUGAUAAGGUGUCGUGGAGGACUCGUCACAAAGCUAAGGAGCGAAACAACAGCUGCAAAAACCCAGAAUUGGCCCGCAAAACGGAGUGCCGAGGCUGGGACAUCCUCUGAUGCGAACCAACGUCCACCAAGUCCAACUAAAGUGCUCAAAAUCCAGUUCCAUUGCAUGUGCACCUCACUUCACUCCCAGUUUAGAAGCAUACAGGAAAAAAUCUAUAAAUUCUGAAAGAAGUACAUCAUGUAGGUGAACAUACUCCAUUUUAAAAGCCCUGUUUCUGCUGGUUUCCGGUUUUGGAAUGAAACUAAGUACAUUAACUGCGGUACUGUACUGAAGUAUGGUUUUCAGAUCCGUUUUCUGCUACUUUAUACUUCUACUCUGCUACAAUCCAGACAAAACUAUUGCACUUUUUAUUGCACCAGAUUCAUCGACAGCUGUAGUUACUUUGUAGAUGAAGAUUUAACAUAAAAAACUGCAAAUGAUAAGUUUAUAAAAUAAGAUGGAUUUCUUAAAGAUUAACUACCAAACAGUAUAUAAAGUAAAAUGAGCUUCACCUCAAACAACUUUAACGAUGAAAACCUGCUAAUCCAGUAACAGUAUGAUGCUAACAAGGGCUAUUUUUCUGCAAAACGAUUAUUUUUUACUCGUAAUACAUGCAGUGCAUUUUACCGAUGAUACUUUUAUAUUUUUACUUAAGUUAAUUGCAGAACUUGUACUUGUUACAGAGUAUUUUUACACUGAUGUAUUGAUAUUUUUAUUGUAAGGAAAGGAUUUGAGUACAGUUGUUGAGAGAAACAGUGAAACCCUUUUUGUCCAAAUUCAAACGUUAGAGUGUACGUCAAGAUUUUAGAUGUUUUGAUGAAGUCGUAAAAGA